UAACUCAGGUUUGGUAGUGACCAAGUUUAAUUGAAGUAACUGGCCAAAACUACGUGCGUGGUGGCGAGAUAUCCCUUUGUUUUCGCGGACAUGUGAUACGAUCUUUAUCUACAAUUUAAAACUAAAUCAAGCAAGCGAGAAAUUCGUAAUGAAAUUAAUAAAAGCCGAUAACUGACCAGGUGAAAAAUUGUCCGGAGGUAGAGACUAUAAAAAGAUAUUUGUUUCGGACUGAACACCACUCAAGGAACAAUUUAGCACUGGAACAAUCAAAAAGAUUUUGAGAAUGAUUGGAAGAAUAAAACUGCUCGUGCUUUUAUGCAUUUUUGGUACAACUCUAUCUUUACGUAUACCAUUCAACAAAAGACAGUCGGCAUGUGCAGACAUUAGCAUUACAACAGACGCGACAGGUGGUUAUACAGUCUUAUCCGACUAUGGUAUAACUAUUGAAGACUCGGAAGAUAUCAAAAUUAAGUUGAGAAUCAAGGCCAGUCAUGAUGCUGAAAUCGUCCUCAUGUCUACAGACAGUAUCAACGACCCCCUGUAUAAGAUUAUUUUAGGGGGAUCAGACAACACUGUGUCAAUGAUCCAAGACGGUCAAAAUGGAAAAAUAAAAGCGUUAUAUAAUGGACCUGUUUUACAGAAUGGAUUUACCAAAUUUAUGAUAACUUUGAAAAAUGACAAGAUCAAAGUCAAAGAUGGAGAUAAAAAUAAAAUCUUGAAAUGGAAAGAUAAUAAAAAUCCAUUGAAAGUAGUUAACGUUGGUAUAGCCACAAAAGACUCAGAGAGUGGAGUAUGGUUGUUCCCUUGCAAUCAAGAACAGUGUGAUGUAGCAGCUGAAUUUGAAUGUAAAAAGGGUUCGACAUGUAUACCUGUUAAGGAAAGAUGUGACGGUAUCGCCAAUUGUUUGGACGGAAGUGACGAAUGCGGAUGUGAUGAUAAACCGAAUCCUAGCCCAAGCCCAGCGACAUGUACUAAUGGUAAACUAUCAUGUGAUGACGGCGAGGGAUGUUACCCUUCUGAAUGGAAAUGUGAUAAUAUCAAAGACUGUGAUGACAACUCUGAUGAAGAGGAGUGUGAAGAACCGAAUUCUAGCCCAAGCCCAGUGACAUGUACUAAUGGUGAACUAUCAUGUGAUAACGGGGAGGGAUGUUACCCUUCGGACUGGAAAUGUGAUAAUAUCAAAGACUGUGAUGACAAUUCUGAUGAAGAGGAGUGUGAAGACAUGUCAACCCCAGCCCCAACUAGUGCUACAGGAGGGUGUUCGGAGGGAUAUUUUAAAUGUGACUCUACAGAUGAAUGUUAUGACAACUCUUGGAAGUGUGAUGACAUAACAGACUGUAGUGAUGGAUCUGACGAACAAAACUGUGGAGAUGACGGAGACAAAUCUACCCCAGCUCCAACGUCCGGACCUACUAGCGCUCCAGGAACAUGCAGUGACGGACAAUUUAAAUGUAAGACCGGAAAUGAGGGUCAGUGCUAUGUCAACUCAUGGAAGUGUGACAAAAUCAAAGACUGUGACGACGGAUCUGAUGAAGAAAAUUGUGACACUGCACCAGUUACUGAAAUACCAGUUACACAAGGACCAGUUACUCAAGGACCAGUUACUCAAAGACCAGUUACUCAAGCACCAACGGGUUGUACAUCUGAAGCAAACAAAUGUAAUGGUUAUGCAGACUGUGUUGAUGGAUCUGAUGAAGACAGUACAAUGUGUUCAACAUUCACUUGCCCUUCAGGUAGUAGCAAAUGUAGUGACGGAGUGACCUGUAUUUCUGACUCUGCCAAGUGUGACGGGUACCAGGAUUGUCCAGCUGGGGACGAUGAAGCAAACUGUGCAGCUGCUACCUGCUCUAAUAACCAGUUCAAGUGUCCUAACAGUUUCUGUCUUGCUAAAAGUGGUAAAUGUAAUGGAAUUCCAGAAUGUCCCAAUGGUGAAGAUGAAAGUGGUUGCUCUGGAUGUCCAAAAAACACACAAAAAAGAUGCGAUGAUGGUUCAAUGUGUAUACUUAAAUCUGAAAAAUGCGAUGGAAUUACAGACUGUUCUGAUAAAUCAGAUGAAGCUAACUGUCCAAGCAGAAGAACGACAUUGACAAGAUUCCAGAGACUCUUAGAUCAUUUGAGAUCCAAUAAUAAAAGAUCACCAAAUCACGAGACAAUGGCACAAAAAGCUGUAAGGAAGAUGGACCAAGUAAAGAGGAAUUUCAACGAGGCGACACUAAGACGAGUCAACAGUGAUGAGGGUGUAAAGAGACACCAGAGAGCAAUGAAGGCAAGACAUGAGUCACUUCAGAGACAGUUGGUCGAGAGACGGAGAAACCUAGCUAUGUCCAGUAGGCAUUCUAAGGAGAGGCGUCAAUAUAAGGGUUAAUUUGAAUCGAUUUGAUGUAAUCACAAGUUAAUGAUUUCGGCUUCUUUUCUGUAACCAUAUUAUUAAAGAUUAUUAUUUUAGUAGAA